AUUGAUAACGACAGUUAACGUAUUGAUUGAUGAAAAGAAGUUGUGUCAAGUAACGUGAUUAUAUACCAUCAAAUGCUUUAGUAGCUGGCAAUAGCCGCCAUCCGGUAUAAAUACAUAUCUGACCUGGUUUUGCACCAGCCACGGUUGUUACAGAAAUGGAGGUAUCAGGGAGAAAAGGAGCAACGUCAAUGACAGACAGCAUCAGUCAGUCAUCUACAGACGACUACGAUAUUUCGUGUCAGCCAUGUUCGUUUGAGGGAAAUAAUGUUGCAGCUGAAGGUUACUGUCGAACUUGCAGUGAAUAUCUCUGCAAGACCUGUCUUAGCGUACACCGUAAACAAUCAGUUACAAGGAAACAUAUCAUUCUUGGAAAUGACCAAAUGCCAAAGGUGCUACCGAAAAAUCAAGAUGUUUGCACUAGACCUUGUAACGUCCAUGUUCAAGAAAUAGUAAAAUUCUAUUGUAAAAGUCACGAUAUUGUUGGAUGUGGUGACUGUAUGGUAUUAGAUCAUAAAACAUGCAAAGUAGACCUUGUUGCAAAUGUAUCGAGCGUGACUGACGAUGAAAAAAGAGAACUGAGAAAACAAAUUGACCAGUUUGAAAAAGAGAUUGAGAAAUCAAAACAAAUGAUCAAGUCUUCCGAGCAGGGUAUUGCAGACAAUUACUCAAAAGUUAGGCAAGAUAUUAAUGCGUUUAGAGAAGAAAUUAAUAAGAGUCUUGAUAAAAUGGAAGCUGAACUUGUUUUAGAGGCAAAGAAGGCGGAUGAAGAAGCUCAAGAUAUAAUCUUUGAAGUGUCAAAGGAGUUACAAACGCUUGAGAUGGAUUUGAAACAAUUAUCCUCGGAAACAAAAGGUAACACUGGCGGGCGCAGUGAUCUAUUUAUAUUACUGAAACAAGGAAAGUCUAAAAUGAGUUACAUGAAAAUGUCGCAUACACACCUGAACAAUAAAGGCAAAAUACGAUUAUUUGAAUUUGAAAGAAACGAUGCCGUCAGUAAACUGUUUUCAGGAAAUGCAUCCAUCGGUGCUUUGAAAAUGUUGCAAUCAAAACCUAAGGAAUCGAAUCAAAUACCACAACAUCAAACGACGAUGCAAGAAAACAUCAUGGAGACGGAAUCGUCUUAUGUAGGAAAGAUUGAAAUCAAGGAUACAAGUGCAAAAUUUGAACCAAAAUUAUCAGGAAUUGCUUUGCUAUCAGUUGACGAACUCGUUGUAGCUGACAAUCGUCAACACAAUAUUAGGUUGAUAAAUUUACAGAACAACGAAAUAAAGAAUACGCUUCCUCUAAAUGCUGCACCUUUUGAUAUAGCACGGAUGGAUGAAAAUUGUGCGGCAGUAACUUUACCUGCGAAAAUGUUGAUCAAAAUCAUAUCAUCUAGCAAUGGUAUAUUAACAGAACAAAGUGAUAUCUCAGUAAGCGGUGAAUGCUAUGGUAUUUGUUAUUACUUAGAUGGAUUUGUUGUGUCUUUUCUACGGCCUGGAAAAGUUGAGAUGUUAGACAGUGGUGGCAGCACUAUACGAUCUUUUGUUUCAGAUUCAAGUGGAAAGAACUUGUUUUCCAGUCCGCAGUAUGUAGGUAUUUGCCAGUCUUCGAAAUAUAUAUAUGUGUCAGAUUCUGGCAAGCAAGAAGUGAUUGCUAUAACAACAGACGGCAAGACCAUUGGUGUGUAUAAAGAAUCCAUAUGGCCACAAGGGUUGUUUGUCUUGGAAGAUGGAAAAUUUCUUGUGUUGAUGUAUGUAGGUGAUAUCAGUGUGAUUUCCACCGAAUGUGUUAAACAAAAAACAAUGGUUGCAAUGAAAGAUAACUUGAAAUGGGUGUGGGCAAUCUGCUACAGUUACGAACACAAGAAACUAUUUGUGAGCAACGGAAAUGGAAGAUAUAUCAAUGUAUACCAAUUCAAAUGAGCAAUUAGAUAUUUGAAAAUAGAAAUGCUUUCGUGACUUUUUUUUCAUUUUCAUUUCUAUAUCUGCAUUUACUUAAUAGUAUACCCCUGUAAUCUUUCGAAAUAAACUACACACCACGGUAAUAGAUGUACAACGAGAAUAAGAAGUAAAUGUCACAAACUGGUCAGUUCUGGAAGAUUGAUGCAAGUUAAAAGUGUUUAUCACAAUUUUGUAAUAAUAUACAGAACUUUGAUAUGGCAUGAAAGACAGUAAAAAUGUUUGGCAUUUGAUAGCCAUAAAUAAAACGAAUAUAAUUAUUCAACUUUACGCUCUUGGUAGGACGAGACACGUUUUGAAAUCGACUAAAUGUUGUCACAGCCAUACAAGAAUUGUAGAUAUUACAAUAUGUCUACCUUCAUUAUUUCAUUUGAAACAUUAAUAUUUCAUGCGUCGGAUUUUUUUGUUAAGCUAUGGGACGUUCUUAAUGAACAUAGGUAUUUUAAGUAUCCGUCUAGAAAAAGUUGUCUCCCUUUGAAAAUGAAUGCCAUUUGUAAAGAAAUAAAGAUAAACAAUUGCUGAAAACUGUGUUUCACCUUGUUAUGUGAAAUUUCACCACUCGCACGCUAUUGCAAAUGCAUCAAAACGAACAUGUGUAACAGUACUUUGAAAAUGGUGGGUUUUUAAAGGCGUUUGACUGUCCGGAAGUGGGGAUCCUUUAGGCAGUUCUUUUCCAGAAUUUAAUGUUUAUAUCAGUAUACUGACACUAGUUUCGUAAAGUAAUAUACACGUUUUACAUGCUGUUUAAUUUUCAUGUUAAACAACUCUUUCUUUCUUUGAUUUGAUGUUGUUUGAUUUUUGUUUCUCAAAACGUAAUGCUAAGCCAGGUCAUCAAAACGAAACAUGUCGGAGAUGCCCCAAUGCCAUAUUAAUAUUAGUGAUGGUUUUCCAAAUCAACGAUAGAUAUAUUUGUAAUGUAUUACUAUUGCAUAAACAAUUCAUUUAUUUAAACAAUUUAUCUAGUUGUACUUUUACCGCUGUUAGAAACUGGUUUUGGUGUGUAACGUAUUUCGAACUAUUACAGGGUAAUAAAUGCAGCUGCAUAUGUAAGCGUAUUAAUAUACACAGUACAAUAUAAUAUAAUGUUGGUAAUUAAACUUAAUGGACAGGUAUGAGGUGUUAUUUGUAAAUAACUGUAGCUUAUUCACUUAUUUGUUUGCAAUAUUGUUAUGAUAAUUGAAAAGCGAUAACCAAUACAACAUACAUGAAUUUUGUUUUACAUUCAUUGCUCAUCCUUUCACAAAUGUAAAAAGCCCCAGAAUUAAGUUAGAAUUAUAUAAAUUGUAAACAAUUUACUUGUUACUUGUUGUUUUGCUAUUACCAUAGUACUUUUCUGAUGUUAAGAGUACGCUAAGAGCAAUAUUUUGUUACUGCCACUUCAAAAGUUUAACAAAUUCAAACCUUGCCAUCAUAUAAAUUUAUU